GUUGAGUGAUGCUGAUGCACACAAUAGUAAAUCGCAGGUCAAACAUCCACGCAGAUCGAAAAACAGUCACGUCGUGGACAGCAACGUCGUGACAAACACAGAUGCACACACACACACACACACACACUCACGUGCACACGAGCAACGAUGUGCAUGCGCAUGGCUUCAUGGAUGGAUGGAUGGAUAAAGCACACGAACGACUGUCGAUGCCGUCACGAUUCGGCACCAGUGAUGGCAGAGCCUGCCUCUGCUGAGGCCCCCGUAUCCUCGGCCAAUGCCGCAGCAACAGCAGCAGCGACAUCCCCAUUCCCAUCCAACAGAACACCACCAUCAUCUGAUCAGUCACACGCACCCACAAGGCGACACAUACAGAGCCUGGACACCGGUAGAGUGAGUGGCCCACCUGUCUUCUGCACCUUGGUCGGUCGGCUCUCCCCCUCUCCCUCAGCCACGGGCGGCUCAUGCGCCUUCCGCUUGCCCCGCGAGACCUCCUCAACCACCAUCCCCCACCCAUCGCCCACCAAGGGAGCCGCAGGUGGUCCUGACAGCCGACACAGACAUACAACAGAUGGACCCAUGUAGCCAUCUUUGCAUGCCUUCCCGCCGACCGACCUGGUGGACGGUCGCCCUCUGGCUGGGCAGCUGUGGCCGCUAGCCAGUCGUCGAAAUUCCGCCAUACCGUGUCCUCGAAUGUCACCGUCACCUCACUGGGCAUCGCCGCCUCUCGUCGUGCAAGACGCACAGCCCUGGCCAGCCGCUCGAAGCCGUCCCACCCAUCCCGCACAUCCCACCGCAGAUCGACACAGACGCUGCAGUUGUUGGACAUGCUGACCUCGACCUCCACGCAUCUCGACCCCUUGUCAGGCGUGCGGGUGAAAGUGGCCGCAUCGACGAGGCCCUCGAAGUCGGGCUCGUACAACGGGCUCUCCUUGUCACACAUCUCUCGGAAGACGCCAGUGCACCGCUCCAGUCUUGACACCAUGUCUUGCUCAUCUGUGCGCCGGUCAGGGGGAGGGUGCUGAGGUGCUGGUCCGUCGGUCAAGUCCAUCAUCUGUCGCUCGACGGCCGACCCAUCCUCAACCGCCUCCAAAUCCCGCUGCACCACCGAAGGGAAGGCUGCUGGUGGUUGUGUUGGUGGUGCGGAUGAACUCGGCUCUGCUACUGACGCCUGCUGGGCAUCGGUCUCUGCACCGACGAACCCAACACACACAAAACACAUACAAAGGCAAAUAUGGGCGGAAUGAGUGGGCGUGGCCAUCAUGUCCAUGAUAGCCAUCCAAAUGGAAGCACCUCCCUACCUACCGUCUUUGGCCGGCGUACCGUCUUUGGCCGGCGGCUGUGUGUGGAUGUCCCCCUGGCUGUUGCGGAUGCACACCUCUGCACACACAAACAACACAAGAACACGUGUGGCCGAAAACAUGAAUGAUGAAUGCCAUGACGCCCACGUGAUGCCUUGUCUUACCGGGCGGCACCUGUUCCCCCGGCAGCCAGCCCUUCCCCCGACACUCGUCGCGAAAGGCAACUGCAUGCACCAAGGCCUCCCUCAGCUCGUCAGGCUCUCCCUUGGUCGGGCGGAAGUAGCGCGACUUCCUCUCCACCUCACCGUUGUCCAGGGUCUUCUGGUAGCACAUGAUGAACACCUGACGCGUCUCGGAGUAAGUGACGUGGAAGCCCGGCACACGCUUGCCGUUGCACAACAGCCCCUCCCUCUGUCGCUGCUCGUUGAUCAUGCGGUUGGCCAGCAUGCUGAGCAUGGCCUUGUUGCCCCACUGGAGCGAAGGCAGCCGGUGUGACGUGAGAGAAUCCCUCGCUGCGGCCGCCGCUGAGGGGGCCACCGCCAGACGAUCAUCUGACGGUUGGUCAAUCCCGUCAGCUCUCGCGCCCUGUCCAUCGGCUGAUGAUGAAGGCACCUGCCCACCACGGCUGUCCUGGUGCUGGCUUCCUGCUCGCUCGCGUGUUGAGGCGGACGCAUCAGCGGACGCCAGGGCCUCCAUCUCUUCCAGCCCGACCCCUUCCUCAUCGACGGGACUCACAGAGACCUCACGGUCGGCUUGCCCCUCGGCGAACACGUCGUCUCUCGCGGCCAGGCCCGUCUGCUCUGCCGGUGGCUGCAAGCGCUUGCGUUUGCCGAAGUCGGGCGCCGCCGUGAGCUGCCUCCUGUAUUUCAGAAUGCGCUUGCCGUGCAGCUGAAUGAAGGUGUAAAGGGAUGGGUCGGGUGGGGCGCCGUUGCGCUGCCGUGCCGCUUUGAUCUUGGCCCUGACGUUGCCGAGGGACCAGUAGGUCCUCCCCCGUGUCGGAUCGCGAUGCACCGGCGCAUCGACCCAGUACUCGCCCCCGUGGCCAUCGGCGAACGGCCCGAGGACGCACGUGACGGCUUCCUCGUGUGUGGACGUAGGGUCGUGAAUGACGGCGCUCAAGCCCGCCUGCGUUCUCAAGCUCGAGUCGUUGUAGAAGAGCACCUUCACCUCAUGGAUGAGGACAGCAGAUGAGCGGGGACUUGUCGUGGGGCGGUGGCUUGGCGACAGCUCAGGACGUCCCUCUCCCUGACCCACCCUGUCGCCCUGCUCCACGGCCUCGCGAGCCAUUCUUGCUCGCGCCGCAAGAACGGAACCCGUGGGGCUGCUGCCUCCUUGGGUCUCGAGAAGCUUGUCGAAGAGGUCGCCAAACUGCCACCCACUACUGCGUGUCGACGCCCGCCGACUCCCCGCCCGCCUGGCGACGCCUUUGACAGCCACGCACUGCCCGUCUGGGGUGUCGAUAGGUCCCACUGUCACCUCGAUCGUGCCGUCGGGAUUGAGAGAGAAGUUGGUCUUGCUUUCGAGAGUGUCGAGGAACUGCCGGGCGUCGAACUCGCUCUGGUCGACUAGACUGGAGGCUGGCGUGCUCUUGCACUUGGCGACGAAGGCAGCGCGACACGUGCGGAUGCACUCGUCCUCAGGAUUGGUGUGCAUUGGGUCGUCGCUGUCCCUGGCCUCGUGUCCAUUGUCGUGUCGCCAUGCUGCAGGACAGGCGUCUGUGUGCAUGCCUGAGACACACGCAGAAAGGGUCAGUUUGCCAAUGUGUGAGUGAGCCACCUCCUUUGUGCGUGCAAUGCAUCGUGUGGAUGUGUACCCUUCGUGUGUGACUGCUGCGCCACUGGAGUUAUCGGUGCAGGAGACAGUGGGCGAGCUUCCCUUGGGUGGGGCAUAU